AUGUCACGAACAAACAGCCCUGUCGUGCCAGCAACGACAAAAAACUUCAAACAAGAAAUCAUCGCGAUAAAAAACAAAUCAGAAAACAAGUAUUGUGCUGAUUGCUUGGCAACAGAAACAGCAUGGGCAUCUACGAAUUUGGGAGUUUUUGUUUGUAUCAAUUGUUCGGGUGUACAUCGAAGUUUAGGAACUCAUGUGUCAAAAGUCAAAAGUGUCGAGCUCGAUGAAUGGAAUGAUGAAGAACAAUAUGAAAUUAUGAGUCAGGUUGGAAAUGUAGAGGCUAAUGCUUAUUGGGAGUGUAAUUUAUUUCCGUUCGAAAAACCUUCAGCACACGACAAGUAUUCCUUUCGGAAAAAAUUCAUCACAGACAAGUACAUCAAAAAAGCAUACAUUCCAUCUAUGGAAAAUUCAGAUUUCAAACUCGAACGAGAAUUUGACAUUUCUUUGACCAGUAAAAAGGGUCACAUCACAAAACAAGGAGCAAAAAGAAAGAAUUGGAAAAAGAGAUGGUUUGUUCUCCAUGAUGACACUCUUUCCUAUUACAAGAGUCAAACCGAUUCAUAUCCUGCAGGAAGUGUGAAAAUUGAAAUUGACAGUUUGGUCAUGUUUGUCGAUGAAUUUCAAAUCGGAAAAAAGAAUUGUUUUGCAGUUGUCACAAAAAACAGAAAUUACUACAUGUUUUGUGAUUUAGAAGAAGAGGUCAAUGAAUGGGUUUAUGCUCUUCGUGCCAGUGUGUAUUAUGCUAAUUUAAAGAAAGUGUACAAUGAUCCAAGAAAUUUCCUUCGUGGCGAUCAAGCAAAGAGAGUUGAAAAGAAGGGAAUUUUGAAAAAACAAGGAGGCAGUUUUAAGAGUAUCAAAACAAGAUUUUUUGUGCUAAAAGAUAGUACUCUCUCCUAUUAUAAGAGUGAAAAAGAAAUGGAACCAAUUGACUCGAUUGAUUUAAAAGGCACUCGAGUAGAACAAACCAAAAACACAAAAUGUGGGAUUACUUUACACACCGUCGGAAGACAAUACUUUUUCUUGGCAGAAACUGAAAAAGAUCGAGAAGAAUGGAUUGAAGCCAUCAACAACGUCACUAAGGUUCUCAAUGAGGGAGAACUUAUUCAAAAGAAAUCUAUUGCAAUUCAUCAACUGAUUAUCAACAAAAUCAAAGAGGCCAAGAAAGAAAGGGCAAAUGAAAUUUUAGGAGAACAGGUUUCUCCUCAUUCACCCAUGAUGUGGAAAAGUCUCUCAUUCCACCGAUGUCGAAAUCAAUUUUUGGAUCGACUCGAGGAAGGACCUGUCUCUGACGGCAACAUUAAUCCAGUUGAGAGAUUGAAAAGUCUAUUUCAAGAAGGAAAAAUCACGAAUACACGUGGCUCGAGUUUAGGUGAACAUGAAGAUUUAAAUAAUACUCGUGUCUCACUCAUGUAUCCAGAAGGUAUGAAAAUAUUGGGAAUAAUGAAUGAUGAGAAAAAAAUUUCAUUGUUGACACCAUCGUCACCAUCUUCGUCAAGUUCAAAUGGAGCUGUUGGCAUUCCUGGAAAAGCAUCUCUUUUAUCUAAUGUAGACUCGAGUGGUAGUAGCCCUUCUGCUAGCUCUCCUCCUGCGAAUAGUAAUGAACAACCUUACAAAAUUGACGACAUCAAACUUGACAAGCAAAAGAAUCAAAAAAAGGCAAAGAAAGAUCAACUUGUCAUUGAACAUGAUGUGGUUGAUGGAGAUCAUGCCAUGGAAAUUAUGAUUAAGGAUUCUUUUUCAGUGAAGAGAAAUAAUGCAACUGUUCGUGAAUCUGAUGAUUUGGAUGAUUUAGACGAUCUAAUUAAUCACACAGAAAGUGUCAAACUUAAAUAUGACAGUACCAGUGAAGAGGAUGAGGUUUCAAGCGGUGACGAAGUAUCCUCUCGUGUGAAUUCCAAUACUCAAAAAAAAUCUAGCGCUUCAAAUUUAUCCCAUUCGUCAUCCAAAGCUUCUCUUCAAUCCUCGGCAUCCUCUCGAAGAAUUCUUGAUUCAGACUCUGAUGGUUCCGAUCAAGAAAUCUCACUUUCCAAUGUCAAGCCACAAACAAAGAACUCCUCAACAAAGACUACUUCAAAAAUUGUACUCAAACAAGUAAUUGUGUCAUCCGAUGAUGACGAAGAUGAAACUGCCACAGUUGAAGCAACAUUUACUCUUACCCCAGUUGAAACUCCAACUUCUCCAGUAGUUUCAAAAAUCAAAACAAGAAAUGUCACACAAAGAAGUGACAAGGACAAACCAAAGAGAAAGAAGAAACAUCAAACAACAUUCAGAAGAAUGCACACCUUGGUUGAGGAUCAAUUACAAUCGAUUGGUAUUGACGUUGAAUAA